AUGAUUCCUUCUCCUUCCUCUGCGGAUAUUUUUAAGGACCCGGAUUUGAGAGUUUCUGAUCUUAUAUUAGAGGAUCCAAGAAGAUGGAACUUCCCCUUACUGCAGGUUCUUUUUUCUGCAUCUACGGAAAACAUUCCCACUUUCUGGAAAAUGCUUUGGUCUUUAAAGGUUCAAGAUCGUUUAAAGCUUAUGGUCUGGAAAAUUUUCUGCAACAUUCUUCCUACCAGAUCUUUGCUUAAAUCCUGCCUUUCUCUUAGUAAUGAUCAGGCUCUUUGUCCCAUUUGUCUCUCGGCUGAAGAAACAACCACCCAUCUUUUUCUAGAGUGUCCUUUCUCUAGAAUUCUUUGGAGAAAAUCUCCUUGGCCUGUUAACAUUGACACUCUCGCUGAUCAUGAUAUCUUCAACUGGAUUAAGAUUAUUCUUGACCCCUCUGUCAAGAAUCAAGUAACACACAGUUCUAGCCCUAUCCAUACUAAUCUCUUUAUAACUAGAGCUCUAUCUGUCUACCAUGAUCAUAAAAAAGCCUGGGCCAUCAAAUUUUUUGUCAGUAAUCCUAAUUGGAUUCCCCCUUCCAUAAAUCAGAUUUCUAUUGCUUUUGAUGUAGCCGUAAGGGACUCGGGUAGUACUGCUACUGCUGUCUUUAGAGACCAUCUAGGGAAUUUCUUAGGAGGCGUAACAGAGUUCUCUCCUAUGUGUAAUCCAAAUGGUGGUGAAGCCCUUGCAGCUUUCAUAGGGAUUAAAGUGGCAACUGAAAAAAAUUGGCCUAAUAUCAUCAUUGAAGGUGACUCACAGGUAGUGAUUUCAGCUCUCAAUAAUCCCCUCCAACAAAUUUCAGACUGGACCAUUGAAGGCAGGAUUAGAGACAUGAAAGUUAUGCUUAGCAGCUUUGUCAAAUGGGAAGCUGUCAAAAUACAUCGGACUUAG